AUGGCGAUUUGCCCAGAGAAAGUUGUCAGGGGAGCACGUGCUGACUUCCCAGGCAGCAUGCCUCGACAUAGUAGAAAUGAGGUUGACCCUUCCCGUAAGUCCGCUGAUCCAUGUUGCGUUCCUUGCAAGGGUCGUCACUUAUCUGAUGUGGCUAGGGAGGGUGGUGCUCCUGCGAUCUUGGGGGGUCGUGGAGUCAGGGCACGUUGGCCCGACUGGUUUCAUGCUCCUCAGCCUCUGUUCUUUGACGUACUGGAGCGUACACCUUUUGUUGAUCUGUUCCGGGUUCGUCUUAGUAAGACAAACAUGUCUCUCUUGUCCAUUUUGAUGGAACGGUGGCAUGCAAAGACUCACACUUUCCAUUUGCCCUUCGGGGGAUGGGGGAUCACCUCAUACAAUAUUUAUAUGCAGCUGGGUCUGAGGUAUAAUGAGUGGUCCAUCCCAUUUGAGGAUGAUCUUCCGAUACCUUCUCCUGAUGAUUGGAUGAGCCUGCUGGGGAUGAUGCCAGAUCUUUCUGAAUUUUCUGGUCAUCGGUUCAAACUACUUUGGCUAUUUGCCAAUUUCACCCUGCGCAUCCCAGAGACUCAGACCGCCGCCGUUGUGAAGGCCCGUGCCUUGAUAUUGUACACCAUGGGGGCAAUGAUUUUUUGUCACGGGAAUGAGCUGAUGAGUUCCCGUUUGUUGAUGCUUGUGGCUGACAUCACCUUCCCCACGCCGUACAAUUGGAACGCGGCUCUCCUUACUCAUUUGUAUGAGGGGUUGGACAAAGCCAGCCGCUACCUCAGCAAGUCUUUGACUGGUUUCUAUCCGGUCAUAGAGGCCGUACCUUCAGUCAAAUGCGGCACUUACUCCUACAGAUCAGGAGGCUUUUCAGGCCUCGCGAUGGCGUCGCAUCCUAGAAGAUCCUAG